AUGCCAACUGAAAAGGCCUCUUCAUCAUCUUCCUCCCCGUGGAUCAAAGUUGUCAUAUUCGUAUUUGUUGGCAUUCUUAUUGUCGCAGGCAUCGUUUUUGCUGUCAUUUUCUGCAUGAAGAAAAAUAAGAAGAAGGCGGAAGAGGAAAAGAAAAAGAAGGGCUCAUCAAGCAGUUCCUCAAAAAGCAAGAGCAACAAGGACAAAAAGAAAAAGAAGAAGACGAGAGUUGUCUCAUCAUCCUCCAAGAAAUCAGCCAAAGUUGCUGUUCCACCACCACGUGGUCGUUCAAUCAUUCCUCAGAUUCCGCUUCGAACGAAAUCUACGGAUGAAACAGUUACACCAACGACCUCAUUCACCUCUUCUCCAACUCAUGAAGUGGCUCCACCUGCACCAUCUGCACAUCGCCCUCCAAUUUUGCCGCCUCUAGGAUUGGCUCCACCAGUUGAUGACGGGCAAAGAGCAUCGGAUGAGCAGAAUGCAUCGAGAGAUAAUGUAACUGUUUUGUGCACUUAUGGAAAUGGAUGGAAGGCCAAAGGAAAGCCUCCACCAGAUUUCUCAUUCUCGAUCGAAUCGGAAUGA